AUGUUGCACGAAUUUAUUUGGUGGUUGCCUUGUUGGUUGUCGCGUGUGGGGGGUGUGGUGGUGACGUCUGAAGUUGCGUCAUGGCGUGAGUACGACUACAUUGUGGUGGGAGGUGGUGGUUCAGGUUGUGUGGUGGCUCGUGAGUUGAGUGAUGCUGGUUAUGAGACGUUGUUGAUUGAGCGUGGGGAUGUUCCAAGGAACGGCGUGUCAAAUUCUUUGUUUGGUGUGCGGGAUGCGUUACGCGACCCGAAGCUAUCACAGCCGGUGAUAACGGUGGAUGGUACGCGCACGCAUGUUAGUAACGUGUUGGGCGGUGGUACGGCGGUGAAUUUGGGCAUUUGGAUUGAGGAGAAUCAAGAAUAUUUUGACGCGCUACUUGAGUACUUGUAUACGGUUACGGGUGAAACGGAGAUCAUGAAAUGGCAGAGUCUGUUUGCGGGUAUUGAUGAAGCGUAUGAAUGGCUAAGACUCCAGAUCACGGGCACGGAACAGGCGCAAUCUACCACCGGUGGGAGUAGCACCACGGCGCCAUCCGACCUGAAAGGAUUGGAUCAAAAGUUGACGAAAUACGCACAUCUUAUGGAGAAGGUAUUAGGUGACUGGUUCGGGGAAUGGUUAGGAGUCCAACCGAAGCUUACCCCGGGUGCAAGCUGGUCCGCUUACACUGCGUUCAGCGACCAAUACAGCCCGUUUCCCAAUGAGACGACCGGAUGGAAACCAAGAAGACGAAGGACCGCCGCUGACCUUGUGCUGGAUGCUAACGAUCACCUUACUGUGCUAGUGAACACUACCGUGACGGCAGUGCUACCUAAGCGACUAUACAUACCUUCACCAACCCUGCAACAAGACCAUAUUAUCAGUUGUGUAGAAUACCACCAAACAGGCGUCCACGAACCAGGCCUUGUCGGCUCCAUACGUACGGGACCGAGUGUAGACGGAUUGAAUGUUGACCUGAUGAGUGGUGGCCAACCUGCUGCCGUAGCGCAAGGCAGCUCGCUAGGUUGGCCUAGCAGCAAGCAGUCUAUGCUGAGUCGAUCUGCUGCACAUAUAGCCGCACUUAAGAGUUCGAACCGUUAUGGCGUGAAUGAUGUAAGUGCCGGAGUGAGUCCCGUCAUCCCACGACGUACAUGUCUCAAGGGCACGCAAGGACAGAUCGCAGCAGACCCUCUUGGCCUGUUACGACACUCAUCCGAAAAACGACUACAUGAUGGAGAAAUCAUACUUUCCGCUGGCGCUAUCUUCUCACCCUGGAUACUCUUCAACUCUGGCAUCGGGCCCAAAAAAUUCACAAACCGUCUUGGUGUUAUCAAUUAUGUAGAUAAUCCUUGGAUUGGACAGAACCUCCAAGAUCGACCCGUCGUCGGACUUUCCAUUGAACUCAGAACUGAUGAUGCACCAACCGGAUCAGGUGGAGUAAAUGAUGACCAUGCCACUGAUCUCGGCUUACUUGAUCUCCGACUUGCCGAGGCCAUGGUCGCACACUCCACCGCUCUCCCCCUUAAAGAAGAUAUUGAAGAAUCAACUGAGCUUUUUAACUUUGGAUUCAACCCCAGGCAAUUUCAACGAAAUCAGAACCAGGCUCUGGACCAGGCUCUGGACCAGGCUCAGAAUCAGGCUCAGAAUCAGGCUCAAAAUCAGGCUCAGGGCGACCGAGGAAACGUCACCGAGACCGAUCGCGACUUCCAGUCUGUUGGAGAGGAGCAAUUCGACCAUGAUACCUUCGACACCUACAAGCAAUACCGGAUCCGGAGUCGGGAAAAGCGACUCCGCCGCCUCAUUGAAAUGGGACCAAAUCGCUACAGCGGGAAUACCUACGGCGGUAAUGGCUACAACGACGCGAAUGGCUACGGCAGGAACGCCCCGGUCCACAGUGAGUCCGGUCCCGUGGGCUCCGGAGUGUAUAACCAGAGUCGGUUCCAGAGUCGUCGGUUCCAGAGUGGUCGGUUCCAGAGUGGUCGGUUCCGGAGUGGUCGAGAUUUUGCGUCAGUGAGUAAGGCGUUCAGUCGGCCUAUUCUGAACCCGCGAUACUACUCGAAUUACUGGUCGCCGGCCUCUCUGUUCCAUCGACCGACGAUGGGCUUCGAAGAUAUUUACGGAGGCGACGUAGUUGAGGGUAUCCUGGCCUCAACACGUGUGAUCUUUCCGCCAGAAUUGCGGAAUACACCGCUGGUCGAUUACAUCGUCGACGUCAUUUCCGCUUGCGGCAACGAGAGACGUCGCGGUCGGGAAGAGGCGCUUCGAACAGGUGUGGGAACGAAUGCGCAAAGUGGUCUAGGUGUUGAGUCGUCUUCUCCGAGAGUGAGUUUACCUGGGUUGAAUUCACUGUUGGGCAACAUUGUUGCGAGUCCGGAAGUGGCAUCAUCUUUGGCAUCGUCAUCGUGGGCAGGUCACUUGUCUGGGUUUAACUAUGGCAUGUCAGUGGGUGGUGAGGAGUCACUGACAGCGCUGUGUCGGUAUACAGAUGCUGUGCGCGGAUGUAUGGCAAAUCAGGCGGUAUGGUUUACGUUCUUGACACAUGUGAAAAGUCGGGGUAGUGUAGGAGUGGGUUUCGAUGGACGCAUGGUAGUGGACCCAGCGUUUCUGGCGGACGAAGGUGAUCGACGUGAGAUGGUUCAGAAUGUGCAAUCGAUGUUGCAAAUGCUAAUACAGUACUCCGGAUUAUUAAGUGACAUCUUCCAACCCAUAACUCAUAGUCAGUGCCCUGCACAUGACUUCAGUACGGAAAGCGCCAUCGCAGCUUCCCUUUCUUCCAUCAUGAAUGCUGGUAGUGUGUCACCUACAUUACGCGCACGCAGUACCAGUGCGCGACGUGAUGUAUCACGGAAUCAACAUAUUCCGUUCGCGACAGAACCACAAGAUAUGCCCGACGUAGAUGACCCUCAAAGUGUACUCACGUACAUACAAAAUCAUGCUACUAGUAUGUGGCAUCUAGUCGGCAGUAUCUCACUUGGAGUUGUGCUUGACGAUGAAUUCCGUAUAGCCGGAGUCCAGGGACUCAGUGUCAUAGAUGCCUCUGCCCUGCCUAUACAUACUCGGAUGAACCCUUCCAGCACCGUUAUGGCUGUCGCCAAACUCGCCGCCGAUUACAAACUCCGAAAAAGAGUUGAACGUCGCACACCCUCUUUUUGA